UGACAGAGAACAGCCUGGUCACACACACACACACACUCACACACAUACAGCUUGGAAGGGGACAGCAGGGCUCUGAGCUUAAAGCGCCUGCAGUGCUGGCGUGUGAGCUUGAAAGUUUGACUCACUUGAGGAAUCAAAGUCAUUUCAAGGCAUCGGUGGACACAACUCAUUUACCAUGUACCUAAAUGGAAAAGUGGCUUUUGUGACCGGGGCAGCCCAGGGCAUCGGCAGAGCGAUGGUGGUGGAACUUCUUCACAAGGGAGCUGCGCUGGUCCUGGUGGACCUAAAUCGCAUAGCGGGUGAGCAGUGUAAAGCUUCGCUGGAUGAAGAAUUUGGAAGUCACAGGACCUUGUUUAUUCAGUGUGAUGUUACAGACGAGAAGCAGCUUAAAGAUGCAUUUCAAAAAACAGUAGAGCAUUUUGGAAAGUUGGACAUAUUGGUUAACAAUGCUGGCGUGAACAAUGAAAAGGACUGGCAAAAAACAAUUGAAGUUAACUUGAUUUCAGUUAUUAGAGGGACCUAUAUUGGUUUGGAACUUAUGAACAAAAAGAAUGGAGGUCACGGAGGAGUUAUAAUCAACAUCUCAUCUCUAGCUGGUUUGACACCAGCUGCCUAUCAACCUGUGUACUCUGCUUCAAAGCAUGGGGUAAUUGGAUUCACAAGAUCAAUAGCUGCUCUCUCAUCUAUUGGUAACUACGGCGUACGGAUAAAUACAGUGUGCCCAGCAUUUGUUGACACACCACUUCUGGAAUCUAUUGAAAAAGAAGAAAACAUGGGGGAAUUUUUUAAAUACAAAGACAACAUAAAAGAUAUGAUGAAGUCCUUUGGAGUAUUAGACCCCUCGCUAAUCGCCAAAGGAUUGAUUGACCUCAUAGAAGAUGAUUCCUUCAAUGGAGCUGUAAUGAAAAUCACGACGUCCCGAGGCAUCCACUUUGAAGAAUUUGAUGCACAUCAAAAGACAAAAGUUUAGGGCAGUAGUCAUAUGAAGCUCAUUCCCCAGCUGACUAAAUAUUCACCUUAACAAAUGUUUAAAUAUACACAGUGAUAAAAGGCUGGGUUGUUAUGUACGAAAGCAUAAUAAUGUAUAUACAUACUUCCAACAAACAAUUGCAAAGACUUAAAUAGAACUGGAGAACAUAAAUGCAAUUGUUCAUCUAGAAUAAUCAUCUCUAAGAAAAGGAUAUUCUUUUUGUACUAAUAGAUUCUUCUACCCAAUGCUGGUAGUAACUGGCAUGCACACCAAUGCGAAUUAGUAAAACUUGGAUAUAUAUUUGUUGUUGAAUAUUGUAGUUAAUUUUGUACAGAUGUUAAAUUAUAUUCUUUAUGUUUGUCAGAUUACAUCAUGAUUUGUGAGUUUUGUUCCUAAUUUGUAUAAUAAAAUCUUAAAAUUUGUAUUUUUAUAACAAAAUGUGAAAUACUGAUUGCCAAACUAUGAAAUAAAAUAAUUAUGUAAGUGA